AUGGCCUCUCACAAGCGAAAAGCUGCUUCAGGCCCGUCGCUGCACGCCGGGACAUUUGAUGCGAUUAUAGGAACCAUCGCGAGCGUGAAGCCAAAGCUCGCUGACCUCAGUCGAAAAGACGUCAGAGUAGCGCUUCUAGGAGACCUACAGCGUCUCGCUGUUCUCGGAGAAACCCUCUCAGACCAACGGCAGAGGUCCAAGAUUGCUGCCGAUGUUGCCGAUAAGCUGGAUCGCGAAGGCGUCCAUCUCUGGAACGUCUCAAGACUUGUUCGUCAAGAAACAGGGACUGAUGAGGAUCGAACUUUGCUUGCUGCGCUCAGGUUGGCAGGAUUCCGCCUGAUUGAGGCUGGCAUUGAGCAGAAGCCAAGCGUCGAAACUCUCAGCAACGUUCUACAAUUGGCAAGUAAAACUGGAAUGGCCUUGUCCGAAAGCGGAAGGAACGACGUUGCUGGGAGUGUUCUCGGAAGCGCAGCAAAGGCAAGCUUUUCGUGUGCCGGCAUCUUUCAGUUCGAAGAGCAACUGCAGAAUGCAGAAGAUGUCGACAACGGUGCUCACGAUCAGACGAGGGCACGGGCCGUCAUACUUUACUAUUGCAGUCGCAUGCUCGCCGCAUGGCGAGAUGGAAAUGAUGCUAUUGCACAAUUCAUGCUUGAGAAAAUCACUGGUGCGGCAUUAGCAAUGGCGUUCCUGUUUAUAAGAUACUCAGCUGUAAUUGUUCCUUUUACAGAGAGUGACGAAAAGCGACUUAGUCUAGUCGCUAUUACUGACCGCGAGCUUCUAGCCUCCAAAAUUAUGGAGAUAGGCAAGUCAAUUCUACGAGCGUCUGCUCGUGUGCAGGGAGAGAGUUCUGCGGGUCUUGUAGAUGCUAAGAGAGCGCUGGAUGCUAUCAAGUGGCUCCAAAAAGCAUUCACACUUGUAGAGAAAAUGGAAGACUCGGAGAGCGCCGGGGUAUCAGAAGUAAAGAGGAGCAUACUGCGUAGUUUAGUUCGGGCAUACCAUCUUUCUUCUUCAAUUGAGGCUGAGAACCUCUUACGCGCCGAGACAACGUUACAAGAGCUCAUUACUUCCGUAGAUAGCAAUACGAAUAAGACUAACCCCGAACUUCAUCAGCUGCGGUGGAUGCGGUUAGCAGUUCUCAGGAAGCGACAGGCGCCGGAGAGUGCGAUACUGGAAGCAUUUGUGUCGAUAGUAGAUCACGCCGAAUUUACGGAAUCGGUGACUGCGGAGAUCCUGCAGGAAUUACGGACAAUGACACAACAACACAAGCUAGUCUCCGAUGUCCUUUUGCGAUGCAUUCUUCAGAUAUUAGACGCACCUCCUGAGAAUGUGAUAUUUAUCGAUCGUUUCCUACUUGCCUUGAUAUCCCACUGUGCCAGGGAUCAAGAUGUUUCCAGAGCCAUCAAGGACGUAGAAACGGCCUGUUCAUGUGAGAACAGAUCUCUUUCAUCCGCAUCUGCUGACUUUGAAUUCGGCCUAUUCUUGCAAGUUCUCAGCCAGUCUGAGUUUGAACUUCCUAAGACGCCUACAAUGGCGUGUCUGACUAUCCUUUGGAAAGUUGGUGAUCGCCACUUCCAGAUGAAGAAAUGGUCUGAAGCGGCAGAAUGGUUUCUGGUCGGGACACACAAGGCAUUCGCGAGCGUAGCUCAGAUGAGCGGCCCAAAGAGUUUGCGAAAAGCUGCACUAUGUUAUAUUGAACAGCGAGAAUACGCUAGAGCUUCUCAGGUUAUUCGGCGCUGCCCGGACGACCAGUCAAGUACGUUCUAUCUCCGAUUCCUUGCCGCAGCAUACCAAGGACUGGAAGACGAUGCUGUUGCGGCUAUCCAGAAUAUGGCCAGUGCCCCGGACUUUGAUAAGAAGAUGUUGCUUCUUGCAACACAAUUGUCGCAUGAAUCCGACCUGAAAAUUGUCCUACUAACUUGCCUGGAAGCGCUGUUAAAGACACUGCAGAGCCGCGGACCGAUAGACUCGGACGUUGAAGCGAUUUGUCUGGCGCGAUGCAUCAUCCGCUUGGUUAUGCGGCUAAUGAAGGAAACUCCUGUCGAAACUGAACGCGUGGCUCUGGCCUCAAGCUUGGUCCGACACUUUAAGACAGCUUCUGCUUUAGUACGUACCGCUGUCACCGGAAAGAAUGCUCCCCUUAUUGCAAAGGAUGCGUCUUGGCUCUGGCGGACGGCGUAUAAUUCCGCGCAAGGAUUCACUGAAUGGCGGGAUGCUGAAAUCCAAAUCGGUGAUCUGUUCGAAUUGUCAUAUGAGCUUGCUCACGCAUACUCGCAAAUAGCGGUUGCUAAUACGGAAACAGACGUUUAUGUGCAUAUGGCAUUUUCAGCGUUCUCAAGUGUAGCCGCUCGGAUGUACACCCUUCAUUCAAUGCAAGAUAAUGGAGAUAAGCCGCGCCAGCAAACGACCGUCUUGCAGGACAUACAGAGAGCGAAGGACGCUAUAGCAUCCGUCAAGGAACGAUACAGGAGCAGCACUCAGCUGGAUUCUGAGAACCUCGAAGAGCUCCUUCAUUCCAUCCACGUCUUCGAAGCCGAACUCUUUUACCAGCGACGAGAAUGGGAUAAACUCCUGGGAGUCAUAAAUGAAAUUGGAAUUGGUUCUACAACCCUUACGAGCUACGAAGCAAUUGCAGACAUGUUGUGGUCGGAAAGCGAUUGCCCGGUGCAUGUUUUGUAUGCUGCUCUGGAGGCAUUGCUCCAUUCAUGCCUUGAUCGCGGGAAGCUGUCCAUAGAGAAGUUCUCCCGGUGGCUGAGGGCCAUCUGCAGCAUUCUGUUGUCCAGAAAUUUUUAUGCAGAUAGGACAAAGGCCAUCGGCUACGUCGAGCAAGCCCUGACCGUACUCGAAGAUCAGAAUAAUAGUGCAGAGUCAGGAGAGGAUGUUUAUCCGAUGGACGAGCGACACUGGCUCCUUAGUACUUCAUACAACACGGGCAUAGAGUGCCUAGCUGCAUCCAACCUUGAUGAGGCCAAGCGCUGGUUCGAGGUUGCCACCGUGGUAUGCCGGUCUGUACCUGAUGGAGUGCGACAUGCAGAACGGAUUUCGGAAACAUAUCGUCGACUGUUGGAUCAAUAUGCUCCACAAACCAUAUAA